UCUCUCUCUGCAAGUCUUUGACAUAGCUCUGGUGUUAUAUAUAAUAUUUCUCCUGUCUUUAUGCACCUGUUACCUCUCUCUUGCACUCUUUCAGUCUUUGUAUUAUCUUCUUCUUCUCUCUUCCAAUUGAGAAGAACCGCAUUGCUUUCCAUUUGCCUUGACCAAAGUGACUUCAUUGCCUAUUUCUGUUUGUCGUCUUUUGCAUCUCAGAAUAUAGCUUUUUUUUUUUUUGCUCUCCCUGGCUCCUUGUUUCUCCUCCCACACAUUUUGCUCAUCUGGGUUUUUAAUCUUACCUUUGCUUUUGUAAUCCAAAUUCCAAAAUUAAAAAAGACUUUUGUUUAUAAGUGGGUUGUUUAGGCUUUUCAGUUGGGUCAUGACAAUUUGCUGUGAUCUUGAAGUAGAUGUCAAUGGAGAAGAGACUUUCAUGGUUGAUAAGGUUUAGCAGUAGAUUCCCCUUUUUUCCUCUUGCCUUUCUUGUUUUGCUAAAUCCAUUGAGUUAAUUCUUUUAAUGCUUAAUUUGGGCAACGAAGAAAGUGAUUGAAGAAGCUUAUUUCCUCAUAUUCAGGCAGAUUAAGCAAAUUAUUUGGUAAAUCAUCGAUGGGUUCUUCAAGAAAUUUCAAAGUCAUAUUCAAUGAUUUCCCAGGAGGGGCUGAAUGUUUUGAGCUCCUUUCCAGGUUCUGCUACAACAGUGGUAGAAUUGAUAUAACUCCUUAUAACAUUUUACUACUUAAUUGUGCUGCACAAUUCAUGGAAAUGGACAAUUCUGUUUCUGGAAAUCAAAACUUAUUGGAACAGACUGAGAAAUCACUUCAGGAGAUUAAUGAUUGGACAUGGUCUGAGCUAUUGAUCACUAUAAAGCAGUGCCAAUGUUUAUCUUCCUUGGAAAAUUCUGUACCUGUUCUUGAGAAAUGUAUGGAUUCCCUUAUUGGAAGAAUGGCUUUGUCAAGUGAAUCAAGUCCAUGUCUAUCCACUUCUUCCUCUGAUAGCUCAGGGAUUCGGUUUUCAUGUGACACCAGAAGUACUGCCGAGAGUUUGAAGAGUGGCUUCUCUAGAACAACUUGGUGGUUUGAGGAUCUUUUGGUUUUGAAUGUUGAUUUGGUUGAAAUGAUGAUAAAAUCAAUGGCCUCACAUAAAUUUGAUCAUUCAAUUAUUAGUAAGUUCCUCUUUUAUUAUCAGAAAUCAAAAUCUUACAAUGCUAGAUCUGAUGAGAAGCGAAAGAUUGUUGAAACCAUAAUUGAUAUGCUUUAUAUUCUUGAUUGGAGUUCUGUUUUAUGCAAGAACCUUUUCGGGAUCCUUCGAUUUACUUUGAGUUUGAAUAUAAGUAAAUGCAGCAGAAGCAAGUUGGAGAGAAUGAUAGGUUCCAAAAUGGAUCAAGCAACUCUAGAUAAUCUGCUUAUUCCAUCUCCAUAUGGGAUAACUUACUUGUAUGAUGUUAAUCUUGUUUUAAGAUUUUUGAAGGCAUUUUUACAUGGAGAAAAUGGUCAAGUAAAUCCAAUGCAAUUGAAGAAAGUUGCUAGGUUGCUGGAUUCGUACAUAGUAGAAGUAGCCCCAGAUCCUUGUUUAAAAGCUUCCAAAUUCUUAGCCUUAGUCCUUGCCUUACCAGACUCUGCUCGAGACUGUUACGAUGAAAUCUACCAUGCCACAGACAUUUAUCUCGAGGUGCACAGUGGAUUAUCUGAAGAAGAAAAGAUGAAGAUAUGUUGUGCAUUGAACUAUGAAAAGCUUUCAGCUGAAGCUUGCAUGCACCUUUCUCAUAACAAGAAAUUUUCAUCAAAAAGUGCAGUCCAAGCCCUCCAAUCACAGCAUCUCAAGCUUAAGAGCCUACUCAGUGGAACCAAUAAUUUGGAAAGCAAGGUGAAUGAAGUCAAUGAACAAAUUGUGCUUUAUGCUGGCAAACUUGAAAUUUCAACUGAUAGUGAGAAACUUAGAGCACAUUUGCAAGGAAUGCAAUGGAGGGUGAUGGAAUUGGAGAAAGUUUGCAAGAAAAUGCAAACUCAGAUGACAAAAAUUAUGAAGUCAUCAAGAGUACCAAGCCAUAGUAAUUCCAGGUCUUUACCCAGGCUUUGUUCAUGAUACUAUGAUAAAAAUAAUAUUUCUUGAUAUAAUUAUGUCUAUUAUGUAUUUAAGUAUGUACAUAGCAAUGACAAUUAUUAUUAUUAUUUUAAAAAAAAAAAAAGUUUUGGGUUUUUAA